AUUGAAAUGACAGAAAAAGAUUCUCUCCUUUCUCCUUUCAUUUGUAAAUUGGACCACGAUGACGACCCAGCAACAAACUACACCUCAACCGAAAAGAGGGAUUAUCAAACAGAUUCUUUCUGGAGAUUCUGUGAUCAUUAGAGCCUCGUCAGGAGCUCCUCCACCAGAGAAACAAAUAAACUUUUCGGGAAUAACGGCCCCAAAAUUAGCUAGGAGGGCCGGAACAGGCGAUCAGGCUGAGAUCACAAAAGAUGAACCAUGGGCAUGGGAAGCUAGAGAGUUUUUACGAAAAAAACUGGUUGGAGAAGAGGUGUUAUUCACUGCUGAAAAACCUCCAAAUGCAAUGCGUGAAUAUGGAGUAGUUUACUUGGGCAAAGAUAUCAAUACUGCAGAAAAUAUCACAGAAUCAUUGGUAUCGGAAGGUCUUGUAUCCGUCAGACGAGAAAAUGUAAGACAAACUCCAGAACUCGCUCGUUUGAUUGAAUUGGAAGAUGCUGCCAAAUCAGCUGGCAAGGGAAAGUGGGGCCCAAAUCCUGCGGAGCAUGUUCGUGAUAUCAAGUGGUCAGUAGAUAAUAUGAGGGCCUUUGUUGAACAACAACAGUAUAAACCAAUCAAAGCUGUCAUUGAACAUGUGCGUGAUGGAUCUACUGUUCGUGCAUUUUUAUUGCCGGACUUUCAUCAUAUAACAUUGAUGAUAUCAGGAAUAAGAUGUCCUGGAUUCAAACUCGAUAGCAAUGGCAAGCCAGAUCCUACUAUUAAGGUGGAAUAUGCUGAAGAAGCUCGUUUCUUUGUUGAGGUACGGCUACUUCAGAGAGACGUAGAGAUAAUUCUUGAGUCUGUCAACAACAAUAACUUCAUUGGUACCAUUAUUCAUCCUAAAGGCAACAUUGCUGAACUCCUUCUGAAGGAAGGUUUUGCCAGAUGUGUGGACUGGUCCAUUGUUUUUAUGAAAUCAGGUGCUGACCGACUCAGAGCUGCCGAACGUCAAGCUAAAGAGGCACGUCGUAGAUUGUGGAAAGACUUUAUUGCCAGUACACCAAAGGUUACAGGCAAGGAGAAAGAAUUCACUGCCACUGUCUUGGAAGUUAAUAAUGGAGAUGCUCUGCUUCUCAAAAUGGCAAAUGGUGACACAAAAAAGGUAUUUUUGGCUAGUAUCCGUCCACCCAAAGAAGCUGGUCGAUCCAACGAUGAUGAUGGUAAACCUAUUCCAAGGCCUAAGGGAUUCCGUCCUCUAUAUGACAUUCCCUACAUGUUCGAAGCCAGGGAAUACCUGAGAAAGAAACUGGUUGGCAAGAAGGCUCACGUUGUUAUUGACUAUAUUCAGGAAGCAAGAGAAGGUUUUCCUGAAAAAGUAUGUGCUACUGUGUCUAUUGGAGGAAAAAGCUCCAAAUAUGAUAGCCUUCUAGCUGCUGAAAGUAAAGCUAUCAAAGAACAAGUUGGUGUUCAUUCAAAGAAGGAAGCACCUUCUCUUAGAGUGACUGAAAUUGAUGCUGGAAGAGCAAAAUUGGAGUUGUCUUCUUUCCAAAGGGCUCAGAGAAUUGAUGCUAUUGUUGAAUUUGUUGCAAGUGGAUCUAGGUUGAGACUGUAUAUUCCGAAAUCCAACAGUUUGUGUACAUUCCUGUUAGGAGGAAUAAACUGUCCAAGAGCAACCCGCCAAGCCACUGACACUGCUGGCGAACCAUAUGGUGACGAAGCUCUUCAGUUCACUAAAGAAAAAUGCAUGCAACGAGAGGUAUCUUUCCAAGUUGAUACUCAUGACAAAGCAGGCAAUUUUAUUGGCUGGUUGUGGGUUGAUAACUUGAAUAUGUCUGUUGCAUUGGUUAAGGAAGGUUUUGCCUCAGUGCAUUUUACUGGUGAAAAAUCUCAGUAUGCAACACAGUUGAAGAGUGCUGAAGAAAGUGCUAAAGCCCAGAAGUUGAAGAUAUGGAAGGACUACGUUGAGGCAGAAAAGGAGGAUAAGAAAGAAGAAGAGAAAGUGCCAACUGAACGCAAAGUGAACUUAGAGGAAGUUGUAGUUACAGAAGUAACACCUGAAGGAAGUUUCUAUGUGCAGAAAAUUUCAGAAGGCCCCAAAGCGGAGGCCCUCUUUGCAAAGCUACGACAAGAAUUCCAAGCCAACCCGCCUCUUCCUGGUGCAUACACCCCAAAACGUGGAGAUCUGUGUGCUGCCAAAUUUACAGUUGAUGAUGAGUGGUACAGGGUGAAGGUUGAAAAAGUUCAAGGAGGUAAUGCCACUGUCCAUUAUAUUGAUUAUGGAAAUAAAGAGACCUUACCUUCGAUACGCCUAGCCAGCCUUCCAGCAGCUUAUGUCAGUGACAAACCGUUUGCUACAGAAUACAUCAUGCCUUAUGUCACUUUGCCAAAAGAUGAAGAGUAUGCUUCUCUUGCUAUCAAAUACUUGAAAGAAGACACUGCAGUUAGCAAGCUUUAUCUUAAUUUGGAGUACAGGGUGCCGGGCGCCCCUUCUGCAGCUUCCCUCCACUUUGACAAGACUUCUGAUGCAGACAUUAUCAAAAAUCUCAUUAAGGAAGGAUUGCUUAUUGUUGAUGUGAAGGGAAGGAGACAGAAUAAGUUGUUGGAGAGUUAUAGAGAAGCACAAAAUGAGGCUAAAAAACAGCAUGCAAACAUUUGGGAGUAUGGAGACAUUACAGAAGAUGAUGCAAAGGAAUUUGGACUUGGUAAAUAAAUAUGAUAUAGGGACCACUUCACCAGAGCAAAUAGACUACUAUGCUACAUUAAAUAAACCACACAUUGUAGACUUCCAAAUCAUAUUGAUUAGUAGACUUCCAUUUACCUUUUAUUCAUAUGUUUAAAUAGAAACUGAUGUAUACAUAAGAGAUAUUUUUAUCAACAGUUGUACUUUGUAAUGAUUUUUUUUUUCAUGUGUAUAUUUGUUUUGAUGUAUUGUGUCUAGAACAACCGAUUAUAUUCUGUAAUUUAAGAAGUACCUACCUUUAUACGAAAUUUUCUUUUGGUAAUUUUAAAGUCUCAAAAUAGAGACAAUACUUUUUACCUCUAAAUUGUUUUGUAUAAUUUGACUUAUAUUCAAAAUACUAUUUGAAGCCACAAUUAUAGAAUAUUUGAUGUAAUUUUUAUAUAUGUAAAGAAGCAAUUUCUUUCAUCAGUGAAUUGAAUCUUAUAAAUUCUCUGGUUACAACAGCAUGCUCUAUAUAUUUUGAUAUUGAUUUGUGUACAAUUAGACUUUCAAUUCAAGAGAACCUAUAAUGACUGCAGGGGACGGGCUUUGUUUCCUUAAUAAAACAAUUUAUUGUUUUGA